AUGGCUCUAAAUAUACCAGGAUUGGUAUCUUUGAGUGUAUUUUUUACAUUCACUUUGGCUGCUGGAAUUUGGGCUUCAUGGAAAAGCAGAAAGGAGCAGCAGAACCGAAACCCAACUGAAAUGGCCAUCGUUGGAGGCAGGAAUAUAAAUGUUUGCAUGGGAUUGUUUACUGCAACUGCCACCUGGGUUGGAGGAGCGUACAUCAAUGGCACAGCUGAAAUUGUCUACCUGCCUUCCAAAGGACUGCUGUGGGUCCAAGCACCUGUGGGGUUUGCCUUGUCCCUCCUUAUUGGUGGUUUCUUCUUUGUAAAUCCAAUGAGAUCCAAGAAUUACAUGACAGUGAUGGAUCCCCUUCAGGAAGCAUAUGGGAACAUGAUGGGAAGCUUACUUUUUAUUCCUCCACUGCUCGGAGAGGUGUUCUGGUUUGCAGCUAUCCUGGCAUCUCUGGGAGCAACAAUGAGGGUCAUCUUGGAUAUCGGAGGCUCUUUAGCUAUCACCCUCUCAGCGUGCACAGUCAUACUCUACACUCUACUGGGAGGCCUCUACUCUGUUGCAUACACAGAUGUCAUCCAGUUGGUUUUCGUUACCCUCAGCCUGCUGGUCUGUAUUCCCUUUGCCCUGAUAAACUCUGCAACAGAAAGUAUUUACUACACUGCAACUCAUAAACAUUACCAAGACCCCUGGAUUGGAAAAAUAGAAAAACAGUAUCUUGGAAGGUGGUUGGAUGACUUCUUCUACCUGGUGCUUGGGAGCAUCCCAUGGCAAACUUUCUUCCAAAGAGUGCUCUCUGCUGCCUCACCCAGCCAAGCAAGGUUCAUCUCCUACCUCUCUGGACUAGGAUGCUUUUUAAUGGCCAUCCCCUCCGUGCUCAUUGGUGCAGUUGCAGCAUCAACAGAUUGGAACCAGACAAGCUAUGGUCUUCCAAGUCCACUCGAGAGAGGAGAAUCUGCUAUGAUAUUGCCAUUUGUUUUACACUACCUCUGCCCAGCAUACGUCUCCAUUGCUGGCUUGGGAGCCAUCGCUGCUGCCGCAAUGUCUUCUGCAGACUCAGCUCUUCUCUCUGCUGGCUCCAUGUUUGCUCACAAUAUCUAUAGAAAAAUCUUGAGGAAAAAGGCUGCAGACAGGGAAGUCUUGUGGGCCAUGAGGACCUCCAUGCUGGUGUUUGGGGCUGGGGCUGCCAGUCUGGCUUUUUACUCCAACUCUGUCUACGACCUGUGGUUCCUCAGCGGGGAGCUGGUGUACGCCCUGCUCUUCCCACAGCUGUGUUGUGCCCUCUUUGCUCCCAGCAGCAACACGUAUGGUUCGGCUGCUGGUUUCUUGGUUGGACUCCUCCUGAGGCUGCUGGCAGGGGAACCUACCCUGAAAAUCCCCCCCAUCAUCUGCUAUCCAGUCUGCACCCUCCUGGAUGGGUCCUACAUGCAGCUCUUCCCCUAUAAGACAUUCAUCAUGCUUUUCACUUUGGGGACGAUCAUUGCUGUUUCAUAUCUGGCUACAGUUUUGUUUCAGAGAAACCUUCUUCCCCGCAGAUGGGACAUUUGCAAUGUCCUGGGGGAAACCAGCACUCACACCCCCCUGCGUCAGAUGGACAAACAGACCGGUUUGCAAACAGUGCCAUUGGAAGAGAAUCAUGAUUAAACGCGGGACCUUGAAGGGACAUGUUGCAUUCAGCAAUUAGAGUUUGGCACUGCUCUUCCCUUUGCUUUCUCCAGUAACAAAUUAUUUAAAGUCCUCACGGAGUAAUAAAGACGCACUCCAUUCAUGCAAGGAGAAUGAGUGAGCUCAGAGUCUGCCAUGAUUAAAGGCACACAGUGAUGGGGCAUGAUGCUGUGGUAGUGACCAAGGGGCACCCUGGGCCCAAGUGGUGUUUGUUUUAGGGUGUCCCUUGUUCCCCACC